GAAGACAUUUUCGGUGUACCCUUUACAGACGCCAAUUCCUUCUCACGUGAACCGCUCCAUGUGAGCACGGAUUUUAUGGUAUUUGGUCCACAAAAUCACUGUUUGUAUCCAAUCAUUCUCGUUAACAAUACCAUGGAUAUUAUUGAAGAUGACGAGCAGUUAGGUGAGACGUCUGAGGAGGACAGCGAAUUAUCUGACGGAGAGCUUCAAGAUGCAUUCGCAAAGGGAUUGUUAAAGCCUGGGUUGAACUUUACAACACAAGAACCAAAGAAGAUUGUCAACAAUGUGGCGGGUUUGAAACAAUGCCUCGCUGACUUUCGUAAGAACACACUACCCUGGAUAGAGAGGCUGGACAUGGUCAAUCUCCCCGCUGAUGACGUCGUUGCCAAGUCCGAGGGCAGACUCGACAACAAGGCCAGCGAAGACAUCAACCCAGAUGACGACUUCCAGAGAGAGAUGUUCUUUUACCGUCAAGCCCAAGAAGCUGUUCUGGAAGCGAUGCCCCGGCUACUGAAGCUGAAGAUAGCCACCAAGAGACCCGAGGACUACUUUGCAGAGAUGGCCAAGUCAGACCAGCAAAUGCAGAAGAUCAGGAAGAAACUCAUCACGAAGCAGUUCAUGAUGGAGAAGUCGGAAAAGGCCAAGAAACUAAGAGAACAAAGAAAGUAUGGCAAGAAGGUACAAGUAGAGGUUAUUCAGAAGAGACAGAAGGAGAAGAAGGCCAUGAUGUCUGCAGUGAAGAGGUAUCAAAAAGGCAUGACUGACAAACUGGACUUCCUGGAAGGAGAUCAGAAGACUGCUAAAGGAGGCGCUCCAGCUAAAGGAGGUGCAGGGAAAGGGGCCGGUGGCCAAACACCUGAUAAAAAGGCCAUGAACAAGAAAGGGCCCAAUGCUAAGAGGAAGUAUAAAGACCAGAGGUUUGGCUUUGGCGGGAAGAAAAGUGGAACCAAGUGGAACACCAAGGACAGCCACAACGAUGUGUCAGGGUUCAGAGCCAAGGUGGCUCAUGGAAAAGGAGGAAAGGGAGGGAAAGGAGGCAAAGCAGGACCAGGCGGAAGGGGCCCCGCCAAAGGAGGGACUAAACGACUGGGCAAGAAUGCACACAAGAAGAUGAAGGCUCGCUCCUAAAGAGGUGUGUGUUGUCUUCGCUCUUUGCACACUGCAUCCCAACUUCUGGAAGGAAGUAAUAUUAGAGAGAAGUCCUCUCUUUCUCUUCUUGAUCACACACACCACCCUUCAUGGAGCCCUUGGGGCAGUGGACUGAUGUGGAGGCCCUUUGUGUGAGGAUUUCCCAAGAUGUCCUUCCUAGAGUAUCACCAAGGCUACACCAUGUCCUUCCUAGAGUAUCACCAAGGCUACACCAUGUCCUUCCUAGAGUAUCACCAAGGCUACACCAUGUCCUUCCUAGAGUAUCACCAAGGCUACACCAUGUCCUUCCUAGAGUAUCACCAAGGCUACACCAUGUCCUUCCUAGAGUAUCACCAAGGCUACAACAUGUCCUUCCUAGAGUAUCACCAAGGCUACAAGAUGUGGACAUGGCUGCAUGCAAGCUUUAGAAUGUCUCCAUAUGAAAACCGGACAGGGCGGUACCAAACAUGCCAAAUUCAAUGUUUUUUUUAAUGGUUUAAACCCCUAACAUGAAUAUGGACAUCAACGUACAAUGACAUUUUUAUUAUCGUCAGUAAAAUAAAUCCAUGUAUCUUUUAAAGGAGAUCUUUAUACAUUGUUUUAAGGCGUCUACGUUUGUGAAACGAUUUGCUGAAAGUGAAAACAAUGAUGAAGCCACUUCCACAAAUGUAUGUCAUCUAGUUUGAGUAAAUACUUGAUAGAUUUUUGUAAAAUGCACACUUUGCAAGUCUGCUUAUUGACCCUCUGAUUCACUACCUUUAGUGAUGUGACAUUUCUAAUAUUGAACAGCUGUCAUGUUUGGCCUUUUCCAUGUAUCAAUAUUAUUAAUGUGUAGUGGGCCAAUGUGUUACUUUCUAUAGAUCUGGGUAAAUGUUUCUUCUGCAAACAGGUUCUCUUCAUUUGUUGCCGGUAUGACAAUAGUUGGCACAUUUUAGGCAAGAAUAACCCCUUCUCUAGCCUGAGUGCCAGUCUGUUUGUGCUAUUAUACCAGCUAAUUUCAUGCUGAGUUUUGCUUGACAAUGACUGAUGGAGAUGGCAAGAGCACAAACAGAUCUGGGACCAGGCUACACCUGCAUCUGUUUAACUUGAAUAAUUGAUUAGUAUGCUGCUUCAUGUUUGUUAUAAACUGGGUGUUUCGA